UAUUCUCCUUUCUGCAUCCAUGGCAAACUCAGUGGUUCUUGCUUCAUGGAUGGUUUUAGGGCUUGUCAUGGCAACCUCAACUACUCAAGUUGAAGCUGCCAGGGCAUUUUUUGUAUUUGGUGAUUCUCUGGUUGACAAUGGCAACAACAAUUACCUAGCAACCACUGCUAGAGCAGAUUCACCUCCAUAUGGCAUUGAUACUCCUAGUCGUCGCCCCACAGGCCGCUUCUCAAAUGGCAAAAACAUUCCUGAUUUUAUCAGUGAUGCACUUGGCUCAGAGCCAACAUUGCCAUACUUUAGUCCAGAACUGAGGGGAGAUAGGCUACUUGUUGGUGCCAAUUUUGCUUCUGCUGGUAUUGGAAUCCUCAAUGACACUGGCAUCCAAUUUAUAAACAUUAUAAGAAUGUUCAGGCAAUUACAAUACUUUGAAGAAUACCAGACCCGGUUGGCUGACCUUGUAGGAUAUGACGAAGCACAGCGUAUUGUGAGCGAUGCUCUUGUCCUAAUCACUGUGGGUGGCAAUGAUUUUGUGAACAACUACUUCUUGGUGCCCUUCUCUGCAAGAUCUCGCCAAUUCAAUCUACCAGAUUAUGUUAGAUAUCUCAUCUCUGAGUACAGAAAAAUUCUAAUGAGACUACAUGAUCUGGGAGCUCGGAGGGUUCUGGUGACCGGGACCGGCCCGUUGGGUUGUGUUCCAGCGGAAUUAGCCUUGAGGAGCCUUAGUGGUCAGUGUGACCCUGUGCUGCAACGAGCUGCAGCCUUGUAUAAUCCACAGCUGGUUGAAAUGAUAAAUGAACUCAAUAACGAGUAUGGUGCAAAUAUCUUCAUUGCUGCUAAUACACAGCAACAAACCAAUGAUUUCGUUAGUAACCCUGGAGCCUAUGGAUUUACUACGUCAAAGAUAGCUUGUUGUGGCCAAGGACCCUACAAUGGUCUGGGAUUAUGCACUGUGUUAUCAAAUUUGUGCUCGAAUAGAGACGAGUAUGCUUUCUGGGAUCCAUUCCAUCCAUCAGAAAGGGCUAAUGGGAUUAUUGUUGACAUGAUCUUGAGUGGUUCAACAAAUUACAUGAGCCCCAUGAAUCUCAGCACCCUCUUGGCUUUGGACUCCAACACCAGGACUUAGUUGCAUUCUAACAAGGACAAGAACACCUUGUGUUAUACCAUUGUUGUUUCCUUGCCAUGCAUUUGAUUACAAUGUUGUUCCUGUGAUUGGAAUUAAUUUCUUGAUAAUUUGUAAUG